AUGUUGAGGGCUACCUCAAGAUUGUCUUUAAAAUUUACCCCAAGAAUGUCUCCAGGUAUUCAUUAUUCUCCAAUUAAUAUUACGUUGGGUCGUCGUUUUAAAUCUACUUCAGAGACCAUAGCUGAUCUUUCAGAAUCCAUAUCAGAAGUUCAAACUCAGUUACCUUCUGUUGAUCAAAUGACUGAUACGACAGCAAAGAUUGUAGAUCAAGCUAGUCAUUCUAUAGGUGAAUUAUCAAACCAUAUCGGUUACUUAAAUAGUAUAGGUUUGGCACAGACUUGGCACUGGCCCGCUGAUAUCAUUCAACAUGCGUUAGAAUAUGUUCAUGUUUACACCGGUCUACCAUGGUGGGGUACUAUUUGUACUGUCACUGUUUUAGUUAGGUUGUUGAUGUUUCCAAUCUAUUUAAAAUCCUCAGACAUGAUUGCUAAAAACUCCAAGAUUAAACCACAAUUAGAUAAAAUUACUAAACAAUUAAUGAAUACAACCGAUUUAGCAGAGGGACAAAAGAUUGCUCUAAAGAGAAGGAAGUUAUUAUCCGAUAAUGGGAUUAAAAAUAGAUGGUUGGCUGCCCCAAUGUUGCAAUUGCCUAUUGCUAUCGGGUUUUUCAAUGCUUUAAGAAGCAUGGCCAAUUUUCCUGUCGAUGGGUUUACUAAUCAAGGUAUUGCGUGGUUUAAUGAUUUAAGUAUGACUGAUCCAUAUUUUGGACUCCAAAUCAUUACUGCCUCUGUGUUAAUGUCAUUUUCUAGGUUAGGUGGAGAGACAGGUGCACAACAAUUCAGUGGUCCAAUGAAAAGAUUUUUUAUAAUAUUACCUUUGGUAUCUAUACCAGCUACAAUGAAACUAUCAAGUGCUGUGGUACUGUACUUUGCUGUUAAUGGUACUUUCUCGGUGUUACAGACUUUACUACUUAGGAACAAAUGGUUUAGAAAGAAAAUGAAUAUAGCAGAUGUAGUUCAACAUUCUCCAGACCCAACAAAGAUUAAUAAUGGUAUCUUUGCAGCUAUAAGAGAAAAUAUGAAUACUGUUAGAAAACGUGCCGAAAAGAGAAGAUUAGUGAAGGAAGAAGAAGAAAGAGUGCAUGAAUUAAUCAAAAAGAAAAGAAGCAAUGAAAGAAUUAAAAUUAUACGUAGAUCAGAUUUGAAGAAUUAA